AAUUCAAAAUCUACAUCAUAUUUUAGUAUACCAAUUAAAAUAAUAAACCAAAUUUAUAAACAAAUUCAUCGGGAAUUCCCUUACGUAAAUUCAAAGCUAUGCGUCAUUCAUUUCAUCGUUUACAAUAUCGCCUGCAACGUUUUCCUGUUCCCGCGACGCCAAACCACUAUCUAAGCCAGUGCGCACACGCAUACCGCGCUGCAAACACGUGACGAUGUUUAAAAAUAAAGUUGUUGUCAUCACCGGAGCAAGUUCUAAAAUCGGUCAAAGUAUAGCCAGCAAAUUCGCUAAAGAACACGCCUCCCUUGUACUAGUUGGCAGAGACGAGGAAAAACUAGCAAAGGUAAAGAAACUAUGCGACGAAGAAGGCGCGUGUGCGUUCAUUGUCAAGGCUGAUCUUAUUUACGAUGAUCAAGCGGAGAGGGUUAUCAAAGAAACAAUCGAGAAGUAUAAAAAACUAGAUGUGUUAGUAAACAACGCGUCUAUACUACGAUUUGGAAAUAUAACAGAUGCAACAAUUCUGGAAACGUUUGAUGAUGUCAUGAAUAUGAAUAUCAGAGCUGUAAUGGUAUUAACCUCAUAUGCAACAGAACAUCUAAUAGCAAGUAAGGGCAAUAUAGUGAAUGUAUCAUCGAUUGCUGGUACAAGAGUUGUAUCCGUACAACUUUCUGCGUAUUGUAUGUCACACGCAGCUUUAAUCCAUUUCACAAAAUUAGCUGCGUCUGAAUUAGGUAAAGAAGGAGUGAGAGUUAAUUCAGUGAGUACACAGGCAGUACUGGAUGAACAUGAAAUUGAAACACUAUUAAAUACUCUUUUAUACAAGGAUCCGAGUUCUGAAGAAAUCGCUGAUAUGGUUAUUUAUUUAGCGAGUGAUGACGCUAAGAGCGUCACAGGAUCAAAUUAUACUUGUGAUAGUGGAGCUUUGGCUUAUAAUUGAAUAUAAGCAAUGCAUCAAUGUGAUUUUAAAGCAAAUGGGAUCAUAAAUUGUGUCCAUGUUUUUCUUGCUUUAAAAAAAAUUGAAGGAAAAUUUGAAUUAUUUGAAACUUAGGUAUGAGUGAUAAGCGAGUUCUUACAGCUUGCAGUUCCUGCGUUUAUUCAGUGAAGACUGUUAUAUAUUAUUGUAAUUUCUAGUUAUUUUUUGUGUGUUUGUGAUAUUUGUAAUUAUAAUUUAAAAGUAUUUUAUGUAAAUAUAAAAAUUUAAAUUAAGUAUAUGUUAUUAUAGUAAUAAAUUGUUGUUGAAGUCAAGUAAAAAAUUUAUUUAUGGGUGGUAGGUACCUACGAUGAUUCUAUUCCUUAGCUAUUCUGCCAUUUGUCUAGAGGCCCCAAUGAUAUUAUAAUAAGAGGGGCCUCUGUUGUUUGUGUCACAUGUUGCUCUAAUAAAUUAAUAAAAAUUAUUGUUGUUAAUAUUAUACUACUGAGUCCUC